AUGGGUUUAAAUGCUUACCAAUUUGAUCAAGUCAAAGUGAGGAAUAAUCUUGCUCGUACGGUCAUCCUACAUGAAUACCCACUUUCAAUGGUUGACCACAUUGGGUUUAGAGAAUUUGUGAGCUCUCUUCAACCUUUGUUUAAGCUUAUCUCAAGAAACACUUUGAAGAGUGACAUUAUUAAAAUUUAUGAUAAUGAGAGGAAGAAAGCUUUGAAGAUGACAAACAAGAAUGGAAGUAGGAUGGCAAUUACAAUUGAUAUGUGGACUUCAAGUAACAAAAAGAGAGGGUCCAUGGUCAUUACCACUCAUUUUAUCAAUCAAACUUGGAUGUUGCAAAGCCGGGUUUUAAGGAUUGUUUAUGUUCCAUCUCCACACACGAAAGAUGUCCUUGUUAAAGUCCUUGUUGAUUGUUUUUUUGAGUGGAACAUUGAUAGGAAGUUGUCCACAAUAACUGUUGAUAAUUGUAGUACUAAUGAUAUCAUGAUAAGACUUCUCUUGAACAAGCUUGAUACUAGUUCUCUUAUGUUGAGUGGGUCUAUGUUGCAUAUGAGGUGUGCUGCACAUAUUUUGAAUUUGAUUGUUCAAGAUGGGUUAUCUCUUAUUGGUGAUGGUAUUGAAAGGAUUCCUGAUAGUAUGACUUAUUGGACUGGAUCAACAAAAAAGAGGCAGAAAUUUGAUGAAAAUGCACGUCAAUUGCAUCUUCAAUGCACCAAAGAGUUAGUCUUAGAUUGUAAGACACAUUGGAAUUCAACUUACUUAAUGCUUUCUACUGCAUUGAUUUAUAAAGAUGUUUUCUCUCGUUUGGAAAAACAUGAAGCAUUUUAUACUUGUUUGCUAACUGAAUAUGAUUGGGAGGUAGCUAAAGAUAUUUGUGGGAGGUUGGAAUUGUUUUAUAGUGUAACUGAGUUUUUCUUUGGUUUUAAGUACCCCACAACUAAUAUGUAUUUUACUUUGGUGUGUGAGUUGAAAAUAGCAUUGAAUGAAUGUAAUUUGUCUUCAAAUGAGAUGAUAAGUAGCAUGGCAGAAAGCAUGCUUGCUAAAUUUAAUUCUUAUUGGGUUGAUGUUAACGUUGUUAUGGCUGUUGCUGUUAUCUUGGAUCCAAGAUAUAAGAUAAAGUUGUUAGAGUUUUAUUAUCCUAACAUUUAUGGUGAUAAUUCUGAUUUGGAGAUUGAAAAAAUUAAGAAUAUUUGUUAUGAUUUGCUUGAUGAGUAUGGAGAUGUAGAUGAGUCCCCUGUAGAUAAUGAAAGAAGUUCUCAUAUUCCUGUAAGUACUUCAAAUUAUGUGGCACAAAUGAAAUGUAGGUUGAGUGGGGCAAUGUCAUCUUUUAAUUUGUUUGUGAACAAUAGUUCAAGCAGUUCAAAGAAACACGGGAGUGCUAGAAUGAAAUUUGAUCAUUUCAUUGAUGAGGGAGUGUUGAAGAGGAAUGAAGAAUUUGAUAUUUUGGCAUAG